AUGUCGUCCACCCAAACAGAAGAAGAGAUCGACUCCCUCUUCCCCGAAGACCCAACCACGCCCUCCCUCGCUCUCAUCGCCUCCAACAACGUCCAAAUCACCCUCCCCUACUCAACAGGCGGAAAAGACCAUCCCAUCUUCACGCUUGGCUCUGGAUGUCGUCCGGCAAAGAUAGAAGGCCGUGACGCACCUGCUGCGUUUACAGCCCAAACCGCCCUCUCAGACAGAACUCUGAAAGAAGGCAUAUAUUUCCGCAUCGAGAACGGGGCGCAGUCGAAGUUUCACAAGGCGAUUACGUCGGACUCGCAUGCCUCGUCGGAGCAUUUGAGUCUUUCGGGGAAGGUCUCUGCUGGGGGGAAAUUUGCAGAGGCGAGUGACAUGAAAGCAUCCAUCCAAGCAUCUAUCCGCACAGGGAACAUCUACAUUGAUGAACCGCGUUUCUCACUCGCCGCAUUGGCGGAUACACGCCGUACGCGCACGAAACCGUCCUGCUUUCCCUCGAAAUACGGCGAGUACUACGUAGCCAGUCUCAAACUGGGUGCAGACGCAGGCGUUCUCGCGUCCAGUGCAUCCACCCUGCACGACGAUUCUGAGAGUCUCGACGUCAAGGCCAAACUGCGUGUGCUGUGGUGGGAUAUUGAAGCGAGCGAGCAUGAGGAAACCCACUCGGUUGAAGCGUGGGCGGAGUUUAAAGCGACUGGGUUUGAUACGUUGGCGGGGGAGAAUGUGGGUGGGGGAUCGCGGAAACAGACAGGGGAAGUUAUAAUGGAUUUUGUGGAGCGGGUGACUGAUGUGGAAGCGAGGGUGAGAGGGAAGAUGGAGGAGUUUGGAUUGACAGAGGAUAAGAAGGUGGAUUUGGAAAUGUGUAGGAGACUUUGUGAGGCUGGACUGGUGGUUGAGAUUACGCUGUUGCCAUAUAGCCAGGUGAGAGAUUAUAUGGUGGCUUUGAACCAGCGUCGUUAA